CCCACACUCUCUGACCUGCCCGCUCUCACCCUCGCCCUUCCGCACUCCAUCUCCGCAUCCGUGGCCUGCCUGACCUUACACAUCCGAAUCCCACGUCCACAUCCACCAUCCACAAUCACAACCACAACCCCCCCCUCCCAAAAAACCGCCGCCGCCGCCUUCGCUUUCCACACCGCAGGCGACUGACCGACGGCGUCUUUCCUCUUCCUGACUAAUCCCGUUGCCUGGCGAUUCCCUUCCCUCUGUUGCCGCCCAUCAGACAAUCUCGACCUUCCCGCCUUCCCCCAUUUUGGCCUCGGUCUUGGAUCAUCGCAGCCUGCAACCCUCUCCGGAGUGACUCCCACGCCGUCAUCGACCGACACAAGUAAACGAAGCCCCUCCCUCUCCUCUAUUGGUGUCUGGAUUAGACCUCUGUUCCCGCCGCCGCACCUCCGCGUCCUGAUAUAAGCCUCUCCGUUUCCAUCAGAGGAAACGCUUCCCUCGCCUCCAUCUGCAGUCGGCACCAUUCCUCCCACUACGCGGAAGCGAAAGGCCGCUGAGGCGACGAUAUCCUCCAAUACCCAAGAUACCUUGUCGAAGAAGAGGAUCGCCUCAGCUGCCAAACAAGACGCUCCCCCGACCCCCCUCACCACCGCGAGCAACGGGAUGGAUUCUGAGGAAGACUUCAUGUCGGCUCUUUCGAGCGAGGACGAGAUCAUGCAGGAUGACAGUGGUGAGGACAUGUCUGGCCCGGAUGACUUUGACGAGGAUGACUUCGACGACGAGCCUGACGCAGAUCUGGGCAUGAUCAAAGACUCCGACUCAAAGAAGAGAGUUGCCUACGACAUUUCUUUCAAAGUCUACGAGCCCAAGGACAUCCAACGUCAGCAGGAUGACAUGAUCGACGAGGUCAACAUGAUUCUCAACAUUCGCAAGGAGGACGUCGCGAUAUUGUUGCGCCACUUCAGAUGGAACAAGGAGCGUCUAAUCGAGGAUUACAUGGAUGGUGCCAACAAGGUCCUGGAGGCUGCGGGACUCGGCUCCAACGUCACCGGCCCGCCCAAGCUCGAGGCCAUUCCAGGCUUCAUGUGCGACAUCUGCUGUGAGGAUGAGGACGGCCUUCAGACAUUCUCCCUCAAAUGCGGCCAUCGAUACUGCGUUGACUGCUACCGCCACUACUUGACUCAGAAGAUUCGCGAAGAGGGCGAGGCUGCUCGCAUCCAGUGCCCUGCCGAGGGGUGCGGCCGCAUCAUCGACUCCAAGUCUUUGGAUCUGCUGGUUGCUUCGGACCUUAACUCGCGUUACAAUGAACUGCUAAACCGGACGUACGUGGAGGACAAGGACAUACUUAAGUGGUGCCCGGCACCCGACUGCCCCAACGCUGUCGAGUGCGGCAUCAAGAAGAAGGAUCUGGAUAGGAUCGUUCCCACAGUCGCUUGUGGCUGCGGUCAUCGCUUCUGCUUCGGCUGCAUCCUCAACGAUCACCAACCGGCACCAUGCGAACUCGUCAAGAGAUGGCUCAAGAAGUGCGCCGACGAUUCAGAGACCGCCAACUGGAUCUCGGCUAACACGAAGGAGUGCCCCAAAUGCAACUCAACAAUCGAGAAAAAUGGUGGUUGCAACCACAUGACGUGCCGCAAGUGCAAGCACGAGUUCUGCUGGAUGUGUAUGGGACUCUGGUCUGAGCAUGGCACUAGCUGGUACAACUGCAACCGGUUCGAGGAGAAGAGCGGCACCGAGGCUCGCGAUGCGCAAGCCAAGUCACGCAUCUCCCUCGAACGGUAUCUGCAUUAUUACAACCGCUAUGCCAACCACGAGCAGUCCGCUAAGUUGGACAAGGAUAUUUACCACAAGACGGAAAAGAAGAUGGUACAGCUCCAGACUGCCUCAGGCAUGUCAUGGAUUGAGGUGCAGUACCUCAACCAGGCGUCACAGACCCUUCAGACAUGCCGGCAAACUCUUAAGUGGACAUAUGCCUUCGCGUUCUACCUGGCACGCAACAACUUGACCGAGAUCUUCGAAGAUAAUCAAAAAGACCUUGAGAUGGCCGUUGAGGCCUUGUCGGAAAUGUUUGAAAAGCCCGUCACGGAGCUCUGCGACAAGAAACUGAAGGUGGAUAUCAUGGACAAGACGUCGUAUUGCAAGAAGCGGCGUAUCAUUCUGCUCGAAGACACUGCGGACAACCUAGCCAAUGGACGAUGGACGUUCAAUGUCGACAUACAUGGCCCCUCACCAGCAGCCGCCACCAGCAGCCGCCGUUGAGAAGAUUCUGCAAACGGCGGGAGCGGUGUGCAGGCAGCUUCGACACGGCAAUGGCAUCUUUCGUGUCAACCACACCAAUCUCCAUGCACGUUUUGCCGCCUCCCUGUACUAGACAU